AAAUCUCGUUUGACUGCACUUGGCUAAAUUGGUCAGAUUCUGCGCAGAAUGAUCUCUGUGAACGCUGUGCCGCACGGUGCUCUCAAACGGAAGUUACGUUUUUAUAUAGGAGACAGCCAGCAAAUCAGCAAAGAAGUGAGCUUAUCUUUUCACAUUUAAAAAAUAAAUAUCUAUUAUUUUUUGUUUAAACAUGGUGGAAGCCUGGUAUAUGGACGACAGUUCUGAGGACCAGAGAACUCCACAUAGGCUGGAGCCAAACAUGGCCGUUUCUUUGGAAGAAUUAGAAAAACUUGGGGUUUUGUAUUGGAAGCUAGAUGCUGACAAUUAUGAGACGGACCCAAAACUGGCAAAGAUACGCGAAGAGAGAGGCUAUUCUUACGUGGAUAUAAUAGAGAUACAUAAGGACACACUCCCAAAUUAUGAAGAAAAGUUAAAAAUCUUUUACAUGGAACACCUGCACCUGGAUGAGGAAAUCCGAUACAUUUUGGAUGGAAGUGGCUACUUCGAUGUGAGGGCCAAAGAUGAGAAGUGGAUCCGAAUUGCCAUGGAGAAGGGGGAUAUGAUAACGCUACCUGCUGGAAUCUAUCACCGCUUCACACUGGAUCAAAAUAACUACACAAAAGCAAUGAGACUCUUUGUCGGGGAACCUGUUUGGACAGCACACAACCGUCCAGCUGAUCAUUUUGACUGUCGAAAGGAGUAUCUUAAUAAAAUUGCCUCUGCUGUGGCCUCUUAGAAUAUGCUACUGCCUUCUUAGUAUUCAUGAUAACCUUAAAAUUAAAGUAGGUUGCAUUGGUCAGAAUAUAUAUGAAGCUUUAUUAAAUCUUGGUUUUAAUAUCUGUCUUGUGAAUGGUUAAAACACCAUCCCGUGACAGAUCAUAGUUUGUACUGUAACUGCUGAAGUUCUUAAAGUGAGGGUUUAUAGGCGUGGAAGUUUAACACAAUGGAGUUUAUCUGUUUUAAUAUUCCUGUUACUUUGUUUCUUUUCUUAAGGCUUUAUAUGUCAUUUUGGCAUUAAAAGCAAAGGGUGGCGAGAUGGCUACGCCCUGUGGAAAAUAUACAUGUCAGGUACGGAGACACAACUCUGGACAUUUUAGCGGAUUCGGAGACUGCUAAUUUGAGCUGAGUAUGUAGUCUAUUGACAUCUUCCAGAGUAACAUUUUUUUUUUUUUUUUAUAAAAUAAUGUCAGCCUUCGGUCAACACAAAUCCUGUCAUACACUAGUUUGUAUCCACUAUAAACCUAAUCUCAUCCAUAUUUGUAAGCUAUAAUAUAUUAUAUACACUACUCUGUUUAAAUGAUAUAACAUCUCCUUAAAAGUUGAAAUGCUGCGUCCUUGUGGUCUUGAUUGGUCCAAUAUGAUGGGAGAGAUGUAUAUUUAUCACUGCAGGACAACUUGGAUACUGUUAUUUGUUUUACAACUAAAGCUGCUUUUACAUACUUUAACUGACAUUUUAUUUCUGGGGGUAAAAAUGUAUUGUAAAUAGACUUAAAAUGUGUUUCUUUUAUUUUUACCUUGUGGAGACGGGCAAGGGAAAGAGAUCAUAGUUCCUCUUACACAGUACAUACUUUGUUAAAGUUUAUCAAAGCGUUUGUUUUGCAGUCGAUUUUGAAUAGUGUGACCAUAGGUAUAGAGAUGGUUCAUGCUACAUGAGGAUGCAGAAUUGAUGUACAACUACAUCUUUGUUUUGUAGACUUAAGUGUUGAGAAAAAUUGAUUUAUUGUAUAGUGCCUCUAUUCAAGUUUUAAUAAUAAAAUACUGCAUUUGAA